GUCUUUUAAAAUGGAUUUAAACCCUUCCUAAUCUCCUCUUCUGUGGAUCUCUUUCAAGCUUCACUGCUCCCUGAUAGGAGAACAGACCUGGAGCACAAUGCUUGGACAGAGUGUCAAACUGUUCCCUGCUCCCAUUCAGAGUCUCUCAGAGCUGGAGAGAGCCAACCUGCAGAAAGUUGCCUUCUUCCAUCUGCAACAGAACAACAAACUUAACUGUCAAAUCACCAUUCCCAAAGGGGGUCCGAAAAGGAGGAAACCAUUACGAAGAAAGUUGGAUUCCUUUUCUAAAGAAAGAAAAGAUAAAGAAAGCAGUCCCAAGGCUUUCGGGAUUCCAUUGUCUCAAGUGAUUUGUAAUGAUCGGCAUCAGAAGCAGAAACAGGAUGCGGUAAAGGAGAGCCGCAGGGACUGCCUGAACCUGGAAGCCAGCGUCAUGAGGUUCAGAGCUCAGAAGCAAAAUAAACUGUACAACAGCAACUUCUCUCUGGUGUCCUCCUUUGAUUUUCAGAAUGAACCACUCUCUCCAACGUUCAUGGAUAAUGGGGCAAGGGUCCAAAGGAGGGGAGGUAUGUCUGUGGAUUCGAUCACGGAUUUAGAUGACAGUCAGUCCCGGUUACUGGAAGCUCUUCACCUCUCCCACCCUCAAGAGCUGGAAAGUAAGAGAGAUAAAGGACGAGUUACAAAACUCAGCCUCAACCCUAUUUACAGGCAGGUCCCUCGAAUUAUGGACAGUUGCUGCCAACACAUCGAAAUGUACGGCUUGCAGACAGUGGGGAUUUUCAGAGUGGGGAGCUCCAAGAAAAGGGUCAGACAGUUGCGAGAGGAGUUUGACCAAGGCAAUGAUGUGAUUCUCGAUGAUGAUCAGAGUGUCCAUGAUGUGGCAGCUCUGCUAAAGGAAUUCCUGCGUGAGAUGCCAGACCCACUGCUUCCCAGGGAGUUAUACACAGCAUUUCUCAUUUCGUCUGCGAUGGACACAGAGGAGCAACUCUCAUUCCUGCAGCUCCUGCUAUAUCUUCUGCCACCGUGUAAUUGCGACACCCUCUACAGGCUAUUGCAGUUCCUGAGCAAAGUGGCAAGCUGUGCUCAGAAUUAUACUGGACCAGAUGGGCAGGAGAUUGCUGGUAAUAAGAUGACUGCAGCUAAUUUGGCUACAAUUUUUGGACCAAACCUCCUCCAGAAAGAGAAAGUGCCAGAAAAGGAUUACAGUCUGAAGUCUUUGGGGGUGGAAGACAGCCCAUCCAUCAUCACAGUGGUCCAGAGACUUAUAGAGAACUAUGAAUCAUUAUUUACAGUGUCUGCUGAAUUACAGCAAGAGGUACUAAUGAGCCUUCUCCAGAGCGAACCAGAUGUCAUAGACUAUCUUUUGAGGAGGAAACUAAGGAAGCUCUCAACUGUCUCUGAGAAGACCAAUGCAACUUCAUCCACUGAUGGACAUUAUUUCUCGGAAUCCUCCUACGACUCAAGCAGUCUCUCGAGUGGAUAUAUGUAUAGCUUGGACUCGUCUCCUCAUUUCUCCGAGCAACAGCCCAGAGAAAACCUUGAAGAAGGCAGCCUGAGUGCAGAAAUAUUCUUUAGCUUACUAAGACCUUUGGAUCUGUUAAAUCAGCAAAGAAAAUGUUCUUCUGAAGAAACACAUGGAAGACUUGGACAAAACAGAACCUCUAAAUCUCAUCACAACCUGACGUCCAUAGGUCUACCUUCUCACACAAAUGCAGCCGAGGAAAAAGUGCCUUGCAAAUUUGUAGCUGGUCCUCCGAUUCUCCCUCUGGCCAAGCAUGAGGGAUACCCAAGUCCACAACAGAAGGAUCGAAUUCAACUCACGGACAACAAAUCAGAACAUUUCUCUCAGGACGAUGCUGCUGUGCUUGAUCUUCACCAGAUACUUCGUUUUAGCCCAUCCUCUUCCACUACAGUUGGUGGGGAAAUGCAAGCCAGUUCCAGUAGUUCAAAUGCUAACCACUCUACACAAAUUAAUCAGCAAAGAGAGGCUGUAGACAGAAUAUGGGUAAAACAGGAUUUGGGUACACUAACUGAGGAACCAAGGAGCCCUAAUUUAGGCGAUUUUCUUACUGAAUGUGAAACUCUUGUAUGAACUCAUUUUCAGGUCAUAGCUGUAGGAAGUGUAAAUAUUCAGAAAGCUGUCUGGUCUAUUUUAAAACCACAGACUGGCCCAUUGAAAUGGGAAAUUUCUUGUCAUAUCAAAAUAUGGUCAGCAAAUUUUCAGUCCUAGGUGAAUCCAAUAAUUUGCAAUAAGAUUUAAGUGAACUUUGGCCUGAAUGAUCAAGGGGCCCAUGGUGUAUCAGAACUGGAUCCACAUCAUGGUUAUGCCAAAUCCAAUCUGGUACAUUGGUCCUCAAUGUGGCCGACUAUGUAGAUCUCAUUGAAACCGUCGCCAUUUGUUAUUCAGCAUAUUCCAAGAACAUGUACUUUCUCUGCUUGACUAUUUUGACUAACAUACAGCUCAGAGUGGUCACAUAUGAAAUACUGAGGAUAUUUAUCUUCACCUAGCUACAUAUCACAAUGUUAAAACUAUGAUUUCCAAUAUAAAAAUGGUUUUUGUUCCAACUGUCCUAAAUUACUUAAUUGGACCAAUUAUAACCAUUGAUUGUUCUAAUUAAGUAAUUUAAAAAGGCACAGUUGGAACAAAAAGCAGGUGGGACAAAGGCCCUCCAGGACCUGGAUUGGACACCCCUGGUAUAAAGUGUGUUCUUUUGAGUCUUAUUGAAAGACCCCACUUCAGUGUUAUCAGUGUAUUUGCUUGUUGAUGGUGUUUUUGAUGGUCUCUAGAACAGCGGUUCCCAAACUUUUUGGGCUGCACCCCCAUCAUCCUCUUGUCUGUUGUACUUAACACACACAAACACACCACUCCUCCCU